CUUAGCAAUACCGGAAGUUCUAUACUUGGCAACAUUCAACAUUCCAAAAUACGUUCAACUUCAAGAUGAUGGAAUUAAACCUAUCUCGAGUUGAUUACCUCCAGGUUGGAGUAACAUCACAAAAAACAACAAAGUUACUACCUGGAGGCAAAACACAAAGGAUUGUAGUUGGUGAUCAAGAUGGAUUGUUACAAUGUCUUCAGAUGAAAAAAGGAGAUGCUCAGGUUGUAUUUAAAGCAGUAUCACCAAAGGGCAUAACAAGAGUUGAACUAGGAGGACCAGUAGGUGGGGCUAGAGAAAGAGUAUUUUUAUCAACUGGGUCAGAGAUCAAAGGUUUUACAAAGAAAGGCAAAAAUUUUCUUUCGUUUGAUACAAAUUUGUCAGAACCAAUACAAUCAAUGUAUGUAGAAGGAUCUGAUUUAUUUACUUGUGGAAACUAUGUAUAUAACCAUUAUAAAGAUUGUAAAGAUACCAACUACUUCUUGUCUGCUGAUAAAAUUAGUGAUGUUCUUUGCUUACCAAUGGAAAAGAAUGAUGAUAUUACCCCUGUUUUAGCCUGCCAAGACAGAGUACUUAGAGUUUUACAGGAUGCUGAGUUGUUAUAUGAAGUAGAAGUACCAGGUCCUCCUGUAGUAUUACAAUUAUAUGGUAAAGAAGCAGACAAAAGUUAUGGAGGAAUUUGUUACAAUGAGGAAAACAGAUUAAAAGUUCCAUUCCCUAUAUGUUAUGGAGAGGAAGGAAAUGAGAUAUUAUAUGGUACAUCUGAUGGAAGGGUAGGACUUGUACAGAUUGGCAGGUUUGCUCCUUCACAUAGAUGGGAAUUACCUAAUGAGAAAAGAAAUGGAGGAGUUCUUUCCCUUGAUAACUUUGAUAUAACAGCAGAUGGUGUUUUAGAUCUGAUUGUUGGCAGGGAUGAUGGACUGGUUGAAAUAUACAGUUAUGAUGAAGCAGAGGAACCAGUUCAAAGAUUUAAUCAUACAUUAUCUGAGAGUGUUACAUCUGUACAAGGUGGAUGUGUAGCCACACCAGGGUAUGAUGAAAUCGUCUGUACUACUUAUGCAGGAUGGGUGUCAACUUUGACAUCAGAACCUCUUAUUAAAGAAAGAGGUCCUGAUACUUUCUCCCUAACAGCUGAAGGCAAGGACAAAAUUGUAGGCCUUAGACAGGAACUAGAUAAUUUACAACAGAAAGUUUCUACAGAGCGAGAGAAAUACCAGCAAUCAGCAGGCAGCAAGACAGCAAUAUCAGCAGUACCAGGCUUCAAUAUCAACGACAAGUUUGUGUUAAACAGAGAAGAUGCUAGUUAUACACUAAGUCUAGAAUUACAAUUACCCAUAGAUAAUGUCUUAUUACAGAGUGAUGUUCCUAUAGAUCUCUUAGAUGUAGAGAAGAAUUCAGCUGUGGUCAGCUAUAGUGCCUGUAACCCUGAGGAAGGGAAUUAUUUAUUAGCUACAUACAGAUGUCAGGCCAAUACAACUAGACUUGAGCUAAAGAUUAGAUCUAUUGAGGGACAGUAUGGGACGCUACAGGCUUAUGUCACUCCAAGAGUACAACCAAAAACCUGCCAAGUCAAACAAUAUAACAUAAAACCACUGUCACUCCAUCAAAGAACACAUGUGUUUGACGAUAACAGACCACUUAACACAGUGAAGUUAACAGGACAGUUCAGCUUAGCAGAAAUGCAUUCAUGGGUCAGUUUUUGUCUACCUGAGUUACCUGAGAGGACCCCUCCAGGGGAAACUAUUACAUUCCAUUUUAUGUCAACAUUCCUGGACACUCUGUUAGAAUGUGUCUACUCGAAAGGAGAAGCUGUCUUCAGAUCAGAUAACAUUUCUACAAUAUCCAUUCUCAAAGAUGUAUUAACAAAGGAAGCCACCAAGAAAAAAAUAAGACUUGAUAUUAGUUAUGAUAUAAAUGAUGAGUCUAUACCAUAUACUCUAAAUCUUAUACACCCCAGACUAGAGUACCAGUUACUCUUAGCAAAGAAAGUUCAAUUAAUAGAUGCUUUAAAGGAGUUACAGGUCCAUGAGGAAGAUCUCACUUUUAUGUCUCCUGAAUACAGACAGAUCCUUGAGGAAGCUGACGCACUACAGGCUGAAUUCAAAAGACAACCUUGCCACCUUGAAAGAUUAUAUGGUAUGAUAACAGAUUUGUAUAUUGACAAAUUUAAGUUCAAGGGAGUGAAUGUAAAGGGAAAAGUUCCAGCUCUGUUAGAAGUACUGGACAAUUAUGAUCUACAAACUCUUGUUGAAUUCUUCAACACUUCAGCAUAAUUAUACUUUAUGAAAUCCUUCUAGAAUUUCGAGACUAAAAGUGACUCUCUGGAAAUUGAUCUGCAAUAUUGCAGAAGCAGCAUUUGUUGUGAGGAAUUAUAGUUAUAAAGAGAUGAGACAGUUCAUUUCUAUUUUGAUAAUAAGAUUACAUAUACAUCACAUUAUGUGUUUUAAUGCAAAUUUUGUUGUUGAAAUUUGUGGUGUCAGAUACCUUAAGUAUAAGUUCAUUUGCAUUCACGUUUUGAAUAGUACAUUUUUUAUCUAAUUUUACAUAUAAAGAAGCAGAAAACAAUCUUACAAAACAAACAUUGUAUUAUAAAUACAAAAAUGUUUUGACAGUUGUUUGCUUUUGAGUAUUAAUUUAGUGUUUUUGAUUUCAGAAACUCUCUCAAUAAUAAAAAUAAAAUCAAUAUUCAAUUAGUAAGGUAGUUCAUGGUUUCAGAAAUCCUCGCCAACUUUUAUACUUCAUGAAUAGUAAUUAGUUCUCAAUGCAUUUAAAUUUUUUAAUAUCUUUUGAUAAUCAUAAUUUGAAUUAUAAAACUGUCUCACUGCAAUUAAUUGAAUUGCUGUACAAUAAAGAGUUGUAUGAGAUUUUAGGUUUGUCAAGGAACUAUGUCUUUAAUAUCAAAUGAAAAUAUUUAUACAUGACAGAAACUUUUGUAUUUUUAGAGUUAUGAUUUUUAGCUGAGCUCCGUCCAUUUGCCGUUGUGUUUUGUAUUUACUUGUUAAAUUUUGUACAUUUUAUGUCAUUAAAUUAUACAUUAAAA